CCAAGUCCAAACUUCAGCACAGGGCAAGAACCGCAGAAGAGAGAGAGAGAGAGAGAGAGAGCGCCAGACCGAGACGCUACUCGAGAGUCCGUUCUUUCCUUCCCUCCACCACGAUGUCCCAUUCUCAUCUCUCUCUCCUCUUCGCAACCCAUUUCACCAUCUGGUUUCUAUCAUCUACGCCACUCGUAUUCUCCCUCAAACAACCGUUCCAUCCAAUCGACAUACUACCCAUAUUGCCCAGACAAGCCUCAUGGCCCAUCCUCAACUCCCUCAGCCGCAGUCCAAUCGACAUUUUGCCCACUUUUGUGGGCAAUGUUUCUUCCCCGGACAACACCUUGGAGUGGAAAGGAACUUGCUUUCAAGACAACUCGGCUUGGAUGGAGUUUCACAACAAAAGUGGCAACCAAUUUGGUGGGGGCACUCUUCACCUCAAGGUUAGCAAUGCUCAUAGUUGGACAUGUAUGGAUCUUUAUGUCUUUGCAACUCCAUAUCGUGUGACAUGGGACUACUAUUUUUUGGGACGCGAACAUACCCUUGAGUUCGACGAAUGGGAUGGGAAAGCUGAGUAUGAAUAUGUAAAACAUAAGGGCGUUUCAAUUUUUCUCAUGCAAGCUGGAAUGCUUGGAACCCUUCAAGCACUGUGGGAUGUCUUCCCUUUAUUCACAAACACCGGAUGGGGUGAAAACUCAAACAUUGGGUUCUUGAAUAAUCACAUGGGUGCUUCCUUUUCAGAACGUCCUGAGCCAUGGGUUACAAACAUUAGUGUAGCUGAUAUUCACUCCGGAGAUUUCCUUGCAAUAUCAAAAAUACGGGGGCGAUGGGGAGGCUUUGAGACUCUAGAGAAGUGGGUCACAGGAGCUUACGCUGGUCAUUCUGCUGUUUGCUUAAGGGAUUCUGAAGGAAAUCUAUGGGUUGCAGAAUCUGGACAUGAAGAUGAGGAGGGACAAGAUAUCAUUGCUGUUUUGCCAUGGGAUGAGUGGUGGAACUUUGAGCUCACUAAAGAUGAUUCCAAUCCACAUAUUGCAUUGCUUCCUUUGCAUCCUAACAUCCGGGCCAAGUUUGAUGAGACAGCUGCUUGGGAAUAUGCACGAAGCAUGCUGGGCAAGCCUUAUGGUUAUCAUAACUUGAUAUUUAGUUGGAUAGACACCACUGACGGGAACUAUCCGCCUCCGUUGGAUGCUAAUGUGGUUGCUUCUGUUAUGACUGUUUGGAACCACGUACAACCUGAAUAUGCUGCCAACAUGUGGAAUGAAGCCUUGAACAAGCGACUUGGAACUCAGGGCCUCGACCUUCCUGAAAUUCUUGUUGAAACUGAAAGGCGUGGGUCAUCUUUUGGUGCACUUUUGGCAAUUCCUGAGCAGGAUAAUUGGGUAUACAGUGAUGGGAAAUCAACAUCAUGCGUUGUUUUCAUUCUGGAAAUGUACAAGGAAGCAGGGUUGUUUGCUCCAAUUGCAAGCUCCAUUCAGGUGACGGAGUUCACGAUAAAAGAUGCUUACAGUCUCAAGUUAUUUGAGAAUGAUUCAAGCCGCCUGCCGAAGUGGUGCAAUAACGGAGACUCUGUGAAGCUACCUUUUUGCCAAAUUAAAGGAAAGUACCGAAUGGAACUACCCGGAUACAAUAGCAUGAACCCAUAUCCCCAUAUGAAUGAAAAAUGCCCGUCUCUGCCUCCAAAAUACUCCAGGCCUAAGGGUUGCUGAAAGUCUUCCAAUAUGUUUCUCCCGUUUCUGAGUUUCUAUACCAAUGGCCUGGCUGUUGUACAUCAAUGCAAAGGGAUAAAAAUGCCAGAAAAAUGAGUCAAAGUAGGUCGAUCUUUGUAAAUUUCUCUUUUGAGGUACAAACACAGAAUCAUGUUCUAUGUCAUUCCUGUGUAUAGCACAAUAAUAUAGUUGAAAUUUGAAACACCUUGAAUUGGUCUUCAUAA